AUGAGGUGGGACGUGGCGCAGUUGUGGUUGUUGUUGUGUGCCGUUCUGCUCGGUCUGUGUGCGUCCACCGUCCCCGUGGCCGCCCUCAACAUUGGCAUCCAGAACGCAGGUUCCGACGUCUCCGUGGUAGGUGACGUCCAAUGGCGUGCUCUCCCCGUCCGGUGUGGAGGUAUACUGCGAGUUUCGUCCCCUGUGAUUUGUUGCUGAGAUCUGGCUUGUUUGCAGAGGAUGGCUCACUGCAGCAGGAAGUGCGAGUCGGAGUAUUGCUUGUGUAAGUCUUCUUCUUCUUCUUCUUCUUCUUCUUCUUCUUCUCUGUAUAUAUCCCCUCCUCGUUAGUGCUGCUAAUGACAUCUGGUGCGGAGGACUUUCACACCGGUUGUGCUGAUUAUCAAUUCUUCUGAUCUGCGUGCGGGACGUGGGGGACGACGAAAAUGUUGGUGGCGGGGUGCACAAAACAAACGGACGAGAAAUCAGUGCCGCCUUUCUUGAGGUAUGGCAAGUACUGUGGUAUAUUGUACAGUGGCUGCCCCGGGGAGAAACCUUGCGAUGGCCUCGACGCCUGCUGUCAGAUCCAUGACGCCUGCGUCCAGUCCAAGCACAGUUGAGUCUACGAAUCCUAUCUCUCUCUCUCUCUCUGUCACUCUCACUCUCUCACUCAUUCACUCGGAGAGAUUUUUCCUCCAUUUUUUUUUGAACUCCUGACGAAUAGAGACCUUUUUUUUGGGUUCCUUCGCAACCACCAACACCAAAAAAACAUAAAAAAACCCUGACCAAGCGCUGUAGUCUUCUCGGAGCAUCUGGUAUCCGGACAGGGGCCGCCGGAAGGCAUGUGACUCCGUUGCUCUGGUAUGGCAGCCCUCCGAUCAGUCCUCCGGUCCGUGUCCUGUCCCUGGAGCGGCUACCAAACAGUUUCCACCAAUCACCCGUGAAUCUUCCUUUUUCUUUUCCAUGUUCGAGGUAAUCACCGAAUGAUUCGAUUCCAACACCGUUACAACACAAGUCUCAUCCUCUUCCGUUAGAAAGUAACCGUAGCACCGCCGAUCUUCACGUGGAGUAGAAGAUUUAUUCGUCAGGUUUUCUCAUAAAUGAGCUAUUUCUAUGAUUUUCUCCCCUGCUGCUCCCGUCGCAGAUGAUUACCUGAGCCAAUCGUGCAACCAGAACUUCCUCAACUGCAUUCAGCGUUUCAAGAAGUCCGGGAAGCCGACGUUUAAAGGGAACAAGUGCUCAGUAGAGGAAGUGGUGGACAUCAUCUCCCUCGUCAUCGAUGCCGCCUUGCUGGCCGGCAGGGCCCUCCACAAGCCCUAG